AUGAAGAGUCUUAAGAAGGAGAUAAAGGAGGAGGCAGCCAGCAUAAGCAGCCGAAUAAAGAAAAACUCCGUCAGCGUAGCCCUUAUCCAGACAAGCGAGCCCAUUGUAAACAUUCCAGACGAAAUACCGACCCAGCACGUUAUUAAGCUGCUGCAGCAGCUCAAAAAUAAAAAAUGA